UGAACGCUUGUUUUUUUCUACAAACCCAACCGCCUCUUUUAUUCUUCUCAUUAUUUAUUGUGUCUUCUUCUUCUUUAUUCCUCGAAGGAUCAUCGAUCAGUGAUGAUCUCUUUCUCUCCAGCUCCACGAUGCAUGAUCUCUCCCCCGUCGAUGGUUUCAUGGACGUGAAGGAGGGCGUAGACGAGAUGAUCAAGUAUCUUGCCAACGAGCCUUCGGUUGGGCUCUUUUUUGUCCAGCAGCAUGCCCAGACCUCCAUGCCUUACCUCCUUGGUGUCAAGGACAAGGUCAUGGAGAAGAUACAUGAAGUAACCUUGCAUACAGAAGAUAUUGAGGACUCCAUCCAUGUUGUGAAUUCAAUGUCAGAAUGUGGACUUUCUAUUGCUAAUGACAUGAUUCAAGACAUAAAUAGAUCUCUACUUAUAAUGUCAACAUCGCAACCAAAGAGAGGGUUGAUCCAAAAUCCAUUGUCUGGUUUUUAUACAGACAGAAGCAGUUCAAACUGGGCAACAGAUUCUGAUGCUUAUGCAGGCAGUAACCAGGAUGACAGUAAAAGUGGACGUAAUUACAUCUCCACUUUCUUCAAUUCAGCGAAGCAGAAAGUUGCUGGCGUCAAAUGGUCUCCCCCAAACAAGGGGCCGUUUGAAAGCGUAAAAUUUGAGCCUAAUGCUGACUCUCAUACUUCAAAUAAGAUUACAACAUCUGCAACUGAUUGUGGAACCAAUCAGAAUCUUGUUAAUGUUGAUGUAGAAGAGUUGCCUUUAUCAAGCAAUUUUAUAAAUGAUAAACAUGAGGAGCAAGAGUCCAGUAGUAGGCAUUUGCGAGAUGAUGACGGGCGCACCCGCAGCGUUGGGUGAUACUUUUGAUAAAUUCAAAUCUGACCAAGAGGCCAAGCUAGAGAAAUGGCUUCAAGAAGCCUAAAUAUGAGUGUGCUUAUUAUAGGAAAUUUUGUAAAUCAAACGUUUAUCUCAAAUGCUAGAUGAAAAAGGAAACAGUAUUUUAUGAAAUGCUGACUGAUUUAAUGUACACACUAUUUUUAUUACAGGCCAGUGAGUGUGCAUGGAUGAAAUUUGUAAUGCAUUCUUACCUGUUUUGUAUCA